GUCAAACGACGGCUACAAGCCGUCCUGCACGCCUGUGUUAGAACAGUGAAAGAUCCAAUGAGAGCGGAAGGGUGUUUCUCUGUACUCGGGUCUGCUGCACCGCACCGGAAGUUAGCGAAAGCUAAUCGGUUAACACCAAAAUUAUAAAAGCUCAGGGGGCGAGGGCUCUCAGAGUCCCCGGGUCGGUGCAAGACCCAGAUGGGACUGUCUCUUGGGGCGCUUGGCGGUAGUGUUAGAAACGGGGUUUUGGGCUGGAUGGCGUUUAUUUUGUCGGGCUAACGCGGCUAGCAGGCCGGGACCGGGGCCAAGGAUGGAGUGCUGGCGAGGUUUGCCUUGCGCUACGGGAGCGGACGGAAAAGCGGCGCACGAAGAGGGCAGCUCGGCUCCGCGGCCGCCGAGACACCCGGGGAGGCGUCUGUACAUUUGAGGGAGACUAUAGCAUUAGCAUUAGCAUUAGCACGCUGGAGCCCCCCGGUACGGAGUAGGUCGCUAACGGUGGUGGCCGGUAGUCUACAGGCAUUUUCCAUUUAAGUUUUUAUUUGGUAUUUUCAUAUUUGUCUACAUGUUUACGCUAUAAGCACGUUUUCAGACAUAUUGCGGUGUUUAUUAUUGUGCUCUUUGACACCUUGUUAGCUGCCUAGCCUAGCCGUGCAAAGUGCGGUGCAGGCCCGGUGUCAGCCAUUAACGCUCCCCUCCGUGUAUAAACAAAGCUCCCCUAUUUAAGCUCGCCAACACUACCUUUUAUAUUACUUAAGGUCCCUGCUUAUUUAAAAUGUAUUGCAAAUCGCUUAGCAUUUAGUCUAGGGCUGAAAACGGCUCCCCCCUACACUGUAUGUGCGUACACGGUGCUGGAUCGCCGAUGAAUUUCGCCACUUGUCGUUUUUUCUUUUUAAUAAAACCCUUUUCUAUAAUUAACGCGACCUUUUGAAAUACUUCUGAAGGAGCGUUUUGAUAUUGACAUUUGCGGAGGCGUGGGACGUACGGCCGACAGGGUGGAAGGCGUUUUAAACCUCGGGUUAGAAAGUUGUAUAUUGUAGAAGGGGUGUCCCAGCCAGGGGGUAUUGGUAGGGGGCACCCAUAUCAUUGCCAUGGGGAUAAAGUGGGAAAUGCUCGCCGCCUUCAGCCUCCUCUUCUGGCUGAUCGGGAACGGGUGUCGGGCGAUGACGGCGGUGGAGAAGACCAAAAUCAGGGACCAGAUCUUGGAAAUGUUUGACCACGCGUACGGCAGCUACAUGAAAUAUGCCUACCCCGCUGAUGAGCUGAUGCCCCUCAGCUGCAGGGGUCGCGUGAGGGGGCUGGAGCCCCCCCGUGGAGACAUCGACGACUCGCUGGGCAAGUUCUCUCUCACGCUGAUUGACACCUUGGACACUCUUGUGGUGCUGAACAAGCUGGAGGAGUUUGAAGAAGCAGUGAAGAUGGCGGUGAAGGACGUCAGGCUAGAUAACGACAUCGUCGUGUCUGUGUUCGAGACCAACAUCCGGGUGCUGGGAGGCCUGUUGGGGGCGCACGUGAUGGCCGAGCUGCUGCGUGGGCAGGGGGAGCGGAUGCAGUGGUACAGGGAUGAGCUGCUGCACAUGGCCAAGGAGCUGGGUCACCGACUGCUGCCCGCAUUCAACACCACCAGCGGGCUGCCUUACCCCCGGGUGAACCUGCGCUAUGGGGUCCUGAAUCCACUGUCACGCACCGGCACCGAGUCAGACACCUGCACGGCAUGCGCAGGAACGAUGAUCCUGGAGUUUGCGGCACUGAGCCGGCUGUCGGGGGACACCGUGUUCGAGGAACAUGCCAGGAAGGCACUGGACGUGCUCUGGGACAAGAGGCAGAGAGGAAGUGACCUCGUGGGCACCGUCAUCAACAUCCACAAUGGGGACUGGGUGCGCAGGGAUAGCGGUGUGGGGGCUGGUAUCGACUCGUACUACGAGUACCUGAUGAAGGCCUACGUUUUGCUGGGAGAUAACGUCUACCUGGAGAGGUUCAACGCGCACUACAGCGCCAUCAUGAAGUACAUAAGCCAGCCACCACUGCUGCUCAACGUACACAUGCACAACCCCACCGUGAGCGUGCGUGGCUGGAUGGAUUCCCUGCUGGCUUUCUUCCCCGGGCUGCAGGUGCUGAGAGGAGAUCUGAAGCCGGCCAUCGAGACACACGAGAUGCUCUACCAAGUGACGCAGCAGCACAAGUUCUUACCGGAGGCGUUCACCACCGAGUUCAAAGUUCAUUGGGGUCAGCACCUGCUGCGUCCUGAGUUCGCAGAGAGCACCUACUUCCUAUACAAGGCCACAGGGGACCCCUACUACCUGAAGGUGGGCCAGUCCAUCGUAGAGAAGCUCAACACUCACACCCGAGUGCCUUGCGGAUUUGCCGCCAUGCAGGAUGUCCGGACUGGGACCCAUGAGGACAGAAUGGAUUCCUUCUUCCUGGCGGAGAUGUUCAAGUACCUGUACCUCUUGUUCUCGGAGAAGAGUCAGCUACCGUUCGACAUCGACGACUACAUAUUCACCACGGAGGCUCACCUUUUGCCCAUGUCCUUGUCCAGCACACAACCCCCCUGCCAAGACAACAGAAUGGUGCAGGAAUCCCCGACAGCAGAGGACCUGUUCACCUACUCCUGUCCCAGCACCCAGACCCUCUUCCCCAACAACCCGUCAUUCGCCAGGACCAUCCGGGACGGAUACAAGUACCUCACGGGGGUGGGCAGGGUGCAUCACCAUGCCACGCCCAUCAGGGGCAUCGAGCUGCCUUUGCACGACAGCGGCAUGGAGUCCGUGGAGUUCUUCAGGAGCAUGGGCAUCUCUCUCGCCAAGCUGCAUGACGUGGCGGCCGGCCUCAGCAACGCGGGGGUCUUGGCGGAUGCCGCGGGGCCCAAGGGCACGUACACAGUCAAGCUGAUAGCAGAGGUGAGCCAGGCCACGGAGGAGGAGGAAGUGGUGCCGCUGAUCGUGCAGCUGAUCUCCCCACCUUUCCUGGGCAGGACGGUGCUGAUGGCCGGGCCGGCCAAGUUCGGGAUGGACCUCACAAAGCAGGAGCAUGGGGUGAAGGGCAGCAUAGUAAAGAGCGCCCCCUACAGCGCGUGUGGGCCCAUUGAGAAUGCAGAGGAGCUGCGGAGUAAUAUUGCCGUGGCGCUGCGUGGGGACUGCAUGUUUGCGUCCAAGGCCCGGAGGCUGCAGGAAGCGGGCGCCAUUGGGGUCGUCUUCAUUGACCACCGGGAGGGGAGCAGCAGUGAGGAAACGCCCCUUUUCCAGAUGGUGGGUGACGGGGGCUCCGUGGCAGACAUCACCAUACCGCUGGUCUUCCUGUUCAGCCGCGAGGGGGCCGUUCUGAGCGCCGCCCUGGAGGAGCACCGCAACGUGGACGUGCUGCUGCUACCCCGGGACCGGCAGCUGGGCCGAGAAAAGGUGAGCCAGCCGCUUGGGGUCAAUAUCAAGAUCCGUUUAUCCGGGGGUGGGGAGCUGCUGAGCGGAGAGGACAAAGACGCCACCAUCCAGCUGCUGCUGGAACCGGGCGAGGAGGAAGAAGAGGAUGGGGAAGUAAGAAGCCCCAGCAGCCAAUGCCAUCUGUCAGACCUCCCCCCGCACAUGGACAAGCAGGCCAGCGGGGCCGGCCCCCAGUCCACGGCGUGCUCGUCCCACACCGACUCUCAGAGCAGCCCCUGACGUUCUGGAAGGCACCACACCACACCCUGAAGUGCUGACCAAUGGGUUAGGUUUUCCCAACAUGCUGUGCUGGGGGAGGCAGACUCGCAGCCCCCCUAUUUGAGAGCUUGUAACGUCUGGACAAAGACUAAGUUACUGAUGUGUCCUAAGAGGAUAAAAGACACUGGGAAGUUGGACUCUUGUUGAACUCGGUUUAUCCCGUACUGUUAUAGUAGCUGAAAUCAUGAAAUAAUAUAUAAAAUAAUGGGGGGGGGAUCUGUACAUGCAAGGGGAUUUGCUACAGUUAUGUAGGGAUGCUAAUUAGCCUAAUGUCAGCUAAGAAUAACAAAGGUGGGACCUGAGUUGGGGUGGUUAGGGUUACACGAGCUACAUUUCUUAGCCAUGGAGCGCUUCUCCACUUAAAAUGCCAAAAUGAGGCGGCUGCUGCAGUGGCGGCUGCAGACGGUUUCGGGGUAAUGGUGGACUGGUACUGUAUUAGUUCGUGUUCUAACAUGGGGCCAGUGCGGUGAACCGCAGCGUUCAUACGUAUCGUGUACUUGAACAUCGGGCACUUUUUGUUUAAUCAUGUGAGUGUGAGGGAUGGGAACGGCGGUCUUAAUUGGCUUUACACAACAUAGGCGCACUAGGCACGCCGCGUUCUGUGGGCGGGGCCUGAGUUUCACUUAUGAUUCUAGUUUUCACUAUUAUAAAGGACCUGUCCAGUAUACCUCAUGUUGCGCCUGCAGAACGGGCACCGGGGUGUCGUCUGGCUCAGAUGUCACGGUGGUGGGCAGUCUUACACCCCAUAUCAACGUGCUGCGCAGCGCGCGGGAACGGGGGACCGCAGACUGCCUCCCUUCCGGCUCGUUCACAACUUUUACAGAAUAACGCGUAGAGUUAGCAAGCUUCACAAAUGUGUAAAAUUAUUGGUGAGGACAAAAAAAUGGAUCCUUUUAUACGCAUCCUACUGCAGGUGAGCUGAAGCUUGGUCAGCAAUACCAUCUAUAGCCAUAUUAUAAAUAUAUUUAAUUUAAAUUUGGGUAUUAAAAUUAUGCGCAUUAAACGGGGUUCUUGUCACUGUGAUUCGUUUUCACUUAAAACCUACGACCUCAUGGAUGGCGGUGGGAAUCAUUAACCUGUCUAAAAAUGCCUUGUGUGGGUUUUUUUUAAAGGCGUCUUGCAGGAUAUAUUUUCACCGUAACGCUGGGCAGCGCCGCACUUUAUGAGAUACGCGCUGCAAGGCGCGUUGGGAAAGUCUUAAUCUUACCUGCUACGCUGUGUUAAAGCGGUGUUUUAUCGUGCACAUCCAUACGAUGCGUUUUCUCAAGGGCUGACUUGUGUUUCACUAGCGAAGGGCCGCCACCUACUACGAAGUAAGGUCGUGUAUGUGUUUAUGGUAUUUAUUCUUAAUUGCAGUACCAUCCGGAAAUAUUGAUGGCAAAGCAGGCGAACAUAAGUGCCAAAGUCUUUUAGUCCUUUUGCUGUAACAGUAAUGCUUUCCACUGUGUGGUUUUUGAUAAGUGUUCUUAUAAAAGCAACCUGAAUUAGUCAAUAAACUAGACUCACGAACGCAGUAAUCGUAGUCGUUUUCCUUUGGUUUUGCAUUCCGUUUUUGGUAUUUUUGUGUGAAUACUUGAUAAGUGUGAUUGAUUAUUACUCGAAUAGGUCCUAUUUGCACUACCACUAUUUUUAUUAUAGGAUUUUUUGUAAACAUUACAAUUGAAGAGUCAAGAUAAAUAAAAGUUUAACUGAUGAUUUUAACAGUAAAGCGUAAUAAUAUACACUCAUGGUAGGUUUUUGCCAAACUGUUCUCUCGCUAGCCUUUUAAACACGUUCGUCUCUUAUUUCUGUAUUAGUGAUUAUACAUGGAAUAAACGUGCCAUUUGCAGCUGGAAAUUCCAGUAGCUGCCA